AUGAUAUGGGGUGCCCAAGGUGGUUCCUUCAACCCCUCAGCUGGUCUUGGUGCAUACUCAGAAGCAAUUUUGAAAGUUGAUGCACAAACUACGCUUUAUGCUUAUGUUGGAGCAAAAGGAAAGUGCGGAAACGAAAAUUUUACCACUGAGCAAUUUGAAGGUGGCAAAAAUAAAGCCUGUAAAAAUAUUCCAUCCUGCACAGGCGGAUCUGCUACAUUUAUAUCUACUGAUCCAUAUGGCAAGCAUAUUCUCUUGAUAUCUGGUGCAGGAGGUGGUUCAGGCUACUAUUCAAGUGAGUUCUUUGGCGGAGUUGGAGGUCCAUAUGCAGGAGACGCACUUGGUGAUGCAACACAUAUGGAACCAGAAGAUGCCAAAAAGGUUCGAGGUAAAGGAGCAACAUCAUCUCGUCCAGGGGAUGGCGGAAUUUAUGUAGGUACAUAUGGCUAUAAUGCAAUAAAUGCGACGAUAGGAAAAUAUUUGAAAGGAGGUGAUGCUGAAUGCAGUGCAGAGGGAUCGGCAGGGGGUGGUGGAAGUGGUUAUUUCGGCGGUGGUGGUGGUGCAGAUGUAGCAGGUGGUGGUGGCGGAAGCAGCUAUGCUUCUCCUGACCUGUAUAAUAUCGUUUUGCUUGGUGGUGACAAAGCUUUCAAAUCACCACAAAACCAGAUUGUCACCGGCCACUCCGGAAAUGGCUACAUCCGAAUCCAACCAUCAGAUCCAUUCACUCUCGAAAGAAAUGGAGUAGUUUGCAAACCUUCCAAUAUUGUCAACAACAACUUCAUCAUCUAUGCUUUUCAAUAUUUUGUUUUUACCAUGAAUUGUCUUGUUUUAUUUGUUUAA